AUGGCCUACCCAAAGAACUUUGCUCGCAACCAAGCCGCUGAUGCUGAUGAUGUGAAUGAGCUCUCAUCAAAUUUCCGGCGACAAGCAAGCUUUACUAGUAGUCGAGAAAACAUGGAUGUUGUGUCUGAUGAAGGGGCUGAAGAAGGCAACCAUGCUAGCAAUCAAGCUAGUAAUGAAGCUGAUAGCGAUGCAAGAACGCCCAAAAAGAAAAAGCGUGGUCCUUAUACCAAAACAACGGACCAAGCGUUCGCUGCCAGCGUCAGGAAUGUGAUUCGUCGUGGCUAUCGCACGGAGCAGGCAGCUGACGCUGGCAAUAUCAGGGCAUCAACGCUUCGCUCAGCUUUGAAGCGUUACCGCUUGAGAGGUACAGCAAAGCCUCUUAAGCGGGGUAGAAAGCCACGUGGUGCUUUCAAUGACGAGUUGGUCUACUUCCUCUUUGGUUAUGUGGAUCAACAUCCUUUUGCCACCGUGGAGGAUGUUUUGGAUGAGGUCGCUGCAGAUCCAGUGGUGCAUGAGUUUAAGCCAUCAAAGACCACGUUGCACAACUGGUUGCGCGAAAAUGCACGCCUCACUUUCCAGUGGAUGCAAAGCUUUCCUCCUGAGCCAUCAGCAGAUGAGGGAAAACGUGCCAUUGAAGAGUACAGUCAUAUAUCAGAUAUGCCUACCUUCAAUGUGCAUGAGAACUGUGUGUUCAUCAGCGAGGCUGCGUAA